AAACCCGGAAAAGUUGUUGUGACUGACGCUUCGUACCCGGAAGUCUUUGUAAACAAACCCCGAGUUUCUCCCGAACAACAGAGAGAGAAGGAGCCUGUUCGAGCUCCGCGAUGAGAUGAUAAGAAGGAACAUGGAGGACGAGGAGGACGAGGAGGAGGAACAGCGGCAGCAGCUCGCAGGGAACCCGGACUGGAUGUCCCGUCUCCCUGCGGAGCUGCUGGACGUCCCGCUGUGGAACCUGGCCCUACCAGAUUAUCGAGUCACCUUUAAACUGCUACCAGCUACCUGGUCAAAAGUAACCCGGCUGUCCCUUGUCCCCCCAGGGAGCCAUGACAGCAUGUCCUUCUGCCUGGAUGUGUCCUCUCCCGUGCUGAGAUCAGAGUCCUGCCUCCUCAGAGUGUUCGACAGGCUGUUUCCCUGCUGGACUCGACCCUGUGUGUACCGCUGGGCCACCACACAGCAGUCGGUCCUCAGCGAUCAGUGUGACCUCGGUGUUCGGUUCUUGGACCUGCGGAUCGCCCGGAGGCCAGCGGGAGGCCGCACACUGCUCUUCGCCCACGGCCUCUACACGCUGAUGGCCGUCACGGAGGCUCUGGACGAACUGGCCUCCUGGCUGGACGCUCAUCCCAAAGAGGUCGUGAUCGUCUCCUGCUCGCAUUUCGAUUCGCUGACGGACGGAGAUCACGCCCGUCUGGUGGAGAACAUCGUCACGCUGUUUGGAGAUAAGCUCUGCUCCUCAAAGGAGACCCCCACUCUGCGCUCCUGUUGGUCCAGAGGGCAGCAGGUCAUCCUUUCCUAUGUAAACCAGCAGGUGGUGCUGCAGCACCCUGAACUGUGGGCCGAAAUACCUUACCGGUAUGCAGACAGCCCAGACCCGAAGAAGGUGAUCGCUUUCCUGGAGGACCAGAAGCGCAGAACACGACCAGCUGGUUUCUACGUCAGCGGCCUGAACCUGACCGAAGACGCCCCGUACGUCCUCCUCCAUCCCCUCCAGACCAUGAGGAAGAUGACGAUGAAGGGCCUCACGUUGCUGCUGAGCUGGGCGAGCGAGCAGCGGCCGGGGCCCGAGGACGGCCGGGUCAACAUCGUCUGCUGCGACUUCGUGGACGUCAGUCAGUUCUGCUCGCUCGUGAUCGGCCUGAACGACAAGCUGCGUCCCGUCUGCAGGACACAGGGAGAUGCCACUGGCUGUGCCUGAGUUCCAACGAACAAAAAUCAUCUUUUGCUUUGUUUACACACAUACAAAAACACCCCGUGAUUUAUACUCUUGAAUAUCUUCCUGUUUACACUGGAAUGUCUUGAUCAAGUUUUACAUUAACACAAAUGUUAAUGUAUUUAACUGAAACUACUGUAAGACAGCACACUGUAGUGUACAGCACCAAAUAUGUCCGGUCAUGUGAAUAUGUCCCAUUGGAUUUGCGUUGUUUCACACCUGUCUGUCACAUUACACAGGAUAUAUGACUACUAUAUUUAAAAUCCUCAUAUUCAGAUUUUCUGGUGCCACAGUACUCCCCACUAUGCAAUAAUGUUCAGCAGUUUACACACAUCCCCAAAACAUUUUAACACCUGCAACAGCAAUAAGCACAUUUUAAGUUUUUCCUUAUAUGCAGCAGUUAUAUACUUUUUAUUAUAACCGGCUGUAAUGUCAUUUAUUAUAUUGUUCCAUGGGAGAAGCUGUUAACAAACACAUCAAUAAACAUAUGCUCACAAAUAUAACAUUUGAAUAUAUAUAUACAAUAUAUAUAAUGAUAAUGUGUAUUAUUAUGAUGUAUAAUUCCUAUUAUCAUAUUUGUGAGCAUGCGUUUAUAAAAAGUAUUUACUAGAUAAAACAGAAUUGUUGUUUUUCUUGAGCACUUAAAUAUUGAGCAUACUUUUUUUAUGUUUUCUAUUUCUAAUAGAAAGCUAUUGUUGUAUUGUACUUUACUGCAUUUUAAUUAAACGGGUUUGGAAAAGACACUUUCAUGCACUAUGUAAAUAAAUACUUAAAAUAUA